UGUCAAGACAAGACCAUUUCCCGCAGACUACUUUUUAGGUUAUUUGUUAUUGUGUUGAAUAUAGAAAUUUAACUUAAAAUGGGAAAACGUAAAACCAAAAAUCAAGAUAAGAAGAAAAAACUUGCCCUAGUUUUCGACGAAAGCCAAAGAAAGGAUUAUUUGUGCGGUUUUCGUAAGAGAAAGCUUGAAAGGAAGAAAAAGGCUCAAGAAGACAUUCAGCGUUUACUGAAGGAGGAGAAGAAAAGAAUAAAACAAGAGAAUAAAGAGUCCUACAAAAAACUUGUAGUCUCCAGUAGACCCUUACCUGACAUUGAGCAGCUGCUUAAAGAAGAGUAUGAAGAUGACGAUGUUAAUGUUAAAAUAGUUGAACUGUCAUCAGACACUUUACAAAAAAAAGACUUGGUUAUAGGUGAGAACAAACCUCAAGAGAAAAUAGAAAAGAAAUCUGUCAAAAAACCAAAAGAAAGUUCAGCAGAAAGUGUUCCUGGCAUGGGUUCAGAGACUGAAAUGGAAUCUGCUGAUGAGGAGGAAGAUGAUGAUAAAGAUAAAGAUGAUCAAAAACCAAAAUCCAAAAAAGAGUUAAAGCAUAUGCUCAUGCAGCAAGCCAAGAAGAAGAUGCAGAAAAGCAAAGUAUUCCAAAUGAAGAGCAAGUUGGAUCGAGUACAAAAUAAGAAGAAAUCUCACCAAAAGAAGGAACACAUGGCCAGGACAAAGGCCAAAUCAGGCAAACCUGGCAAACCAAGAAAGGAGAAAUCGAAAAAGAGUUUUGGUAGGAGAAAACAUUGAAAUAAUGUAUUAUAAAAUAUCAAUUGUUUAUUUUAAGACAUACUCGAUUAACAUAAUUAUUCAACAAUCAAAUCAAAAUUAACAAUCAUGCAAUGUAAAUUACU